GGCGGGCAGGGCUUCCCGGCAUCGGCGGCUCUCUGCGAAGCCUUCCCCGCGUCCGGCGGCGAGGCGGGGGCUGCGGCGAGGCGAGGCGAGGCGGGGCGGCCGCCCAGGGAAUCCGCGCGCAGAACCGGUGCUGGAACCACAGAAGUUCCGCUCGAUCCCGGGCGCUGGGUGAGAAAGCUGCCAUUCCCUUCAGCAGGAGGCGCUUUUCCAGGGAGAAGGUUGAAAAAUAAGACGAGGCUGCCCCCUGCUGGCAGACUUCCACAGGUUUUCCUCUCUCUGCUCAGCCCACCUGAAGGACUCUGGAAGGCUGGAGCAGAGGCACCUGGGGGGAAUGGAGCAACGGCUGAAGCACCUACUCUCAUCAGGACCAGCAGUUUUCCUCGUGGAGGCGUGGCCUGUUGGUUCAAGUAGGACAAGCUGGGUUUUAUUCACACAUCAACUUCAUUGACUUCAACUCCCAGAAUUUUUGCCCAGUUUGGUAAACACCGGUUUAUGUUCCGCAUAUUCCAUGAAGGAUGCUUUGGGCAGCAUCUGACAUGCUUGCAAAUUGGAAAAUCUGAAGGAGUCACAGACAGCUUCUUCUGACACUUUGGUUAGCCAUGCCACCCCACCACUUGCGCCACUGGCAUGCUUGAAGGCUGUUAUGCUACUUCUCAUCUCUGCCCAGCUCCACAGCACCGGCUGAGUCAGGCUCUGCUCCACAAGGCUCUGCCUCAAUUGGUGUGCAACUCGCAGCUGUCAACUUCAACUUGGCUUUGAAUUCUAUGAGACUUAUUUCUGCCUCUCGGUACCUACUGGCCACAGGACCAAAGGAAAGAAGAGGAUGUCUCUUUCAGAAAUAAUGCUGUGGACGGCAAGGUUCAGCAGGAGACCUCUUGGUGGCUUCCUCACUGGUCAUGCCUGGGACUGAGUCCUGCCACUCACUGCUGGUCAUCCUCUUUUCCACUUUCCUUCCAUUUCCCCAGCAUUAUAAACUUCUCAAAGAAACCAGAACUCUACAUUGACCGAUCCCAUGUCAUCAGGUUGAUGGUGGCUCUUAGUGACCGCACAGGCAGCAGCGUUUCCCGCUCCCCGAUGUGGUUCUUGGAGAAGAUGCGGGCGUGCCCCGGAGAAGCCGGUCUGCUGGGCCCCUUGUUCCUCGCUCUGCCCUCCGAGAAGGGCCAGGCGGCUGCCGCCCUCGCCUUCCCGAACAUCUUGACCCCAGACCGCAUCCCGGAGUUUUGCAUCCCUCCGCGGCUGACCAGCCCUCCUCCGCCGGCCAAGAGCCCCGGCCCUGCCUUCCAGCCCCGCCACAGCCUGACUGAGCCGGGCUUGCAGGAGGUGGCCUCCCCCGGCCUUUUUCCCCCCCACCUCAUCCAAGUGGAGAGCGUGGAGGAGCUCCAGGAGCCAGAGCAGGGUGGCACCAACUCAGACCCCCAGUCGCAGGCUGCCCUCUCUCUGCCCCACGUGCCCAGGACCCAGACCUCCUAUGGCUUCUGCGUGCUGCUGGAGAGCCCCCACACCCGGAGGAAAGAGUCCAUUUUCCACAGCGAGGUCUCGGGCAGCUCCCUGGUCUUGCCCCGGUCCCGGUCCAGCAGCUAUGGUGGCAGGGAGCCGGCCUCCAGCCCGGUGGCCAUCCGCCGGCACCUCUUCAGCAGGCAAGGCGCCUGGGACAGCGACACGGCCUCCUCUGGCGAGUCCUCGCCCUUCGGCUCACCCCUGCUGGGCAGGUCUCCCACCCGGCCCGGCUGCCUCCUCAAAGCCCGGAGCCAGGAGCGGCUGCCGGCCAAACCCUGGAGGGCCCGGAGGCUGUCCAGCACCACACGGGCCGGCUCCCUCUCUUUGGAUGAGGGCAGUUCCACGGACAGCAGCCCCGGGUCUCCCCGGCGCUCAUCGGAGAGCCCCCUGGCCUCCAGCCUCCUCCCCCUGCCGGCCUUCCCCCUGGACUAUCCCUGCGGCCCAGAGCGGCUGGGCAGGGAAGCCACCGUGGCCAUGGACAAGGGGGGCCUGCUGCGCCUCUCCUGCGAGCACUGCCCCGCCAACCAGCGCCUCCGCAUCCGGCUGAUCAGCGUGGAGGGUCUCUACCGGGAGGCCCCCCUGGAGCCCAAGAGCAUCAACUGCUGCAUCACCUUCUCGCUCCUGCCGGGGAAAGUCCAGAAGCAGCGCAGCACCGUCAUCAAGCGGAGCCGCAACCCCAUCUUCAACGAGGACUUCUUCUUCCUGGGCGUCUCCGAGGACCACCUGCACCGGCUCUCCGUGCGGAUGAAGGCUUUGAACAAAGGGGGGAACAUGAAGAGGGACCUGGUUUUGGGGGAGAGCGAAGUGCCUUUGAUGCAGAUUUUAGCCCCCUGAGGAACUCAUGGACACCAC